UGCUAACCCUCUUCACCAAAGUUUUAAAACAAAAAGACAGCAAGUAUCAGAGGGACUUGGCUAGUGGUGUGUGGGCUUGGAAGAUGAAGCUCCAGCACGUGGCCCUGGGCUCUCUGUCGCUCCUGCUGCUCGUGGGCUGCCUCGGCGGCCUCAAGCCCUCCGGCAUCAACCUGCGCACCUUCGUGGGCUGUGCYGUGCGGGAGUUCACCUUCCUGGCCAAGAAACCCGGCUGCCGGGCGCUGCGCGUCACCACGGACGCGUGCUGGGGCCGCUGCCACACGUGGGAGAAACCAGUGCUGGAACCGCCUUACAUUGAGGCUUACCAUCGUGUCUGCACCUACAACGAGACCAAGACGGUGACAGUGAAGCUGCCCAGAUGUGCCCCCAACGUGGACCCGUUUUACACCUACCCAGUUGCCAUUCGCUGCGACUGUGAUGUCUGUUCCACGGCUACUACUGAAUGCGAGACUGCCUGAGCUCUCCUUUCCCAGGUCUGGCUAGGAGGGGUCAAAUUCUUC